UGGCGCUUCAUUGCGCGCUGCGUUCCGGCGGAAGUGGUUCUGUGGGUGGCCGUGUGUGGCAGUCGGAGAUGAGAUGUUUUUUUAUACGCUGAACUCCACCUUGGAUUGUCUCAUUGCUGCGCUUUCAGAACUUUGAAAAUAUAGGAAGUCAAGAUGAAGAGCAGCGUGACACAAGUAAACCAUGGUUCCAGUUAUGAAAGGAAGGAAAACUACAGUUCGCAUCAAAGAAGUUUGUCUCCAGAGGACAGGGAUAUCGAGCGUGACAGGUCUCCAUCUCCCAGAAAGAGAAGGUACUCUGAUGACAACAGGUAUGAUCAGGAAUAUUCAAGAAGGGAGUACUAUGAUGACAGAACUUCAGAAGGACGAAGGAUGGAAAGGGGGAGAGAAAGAUACCAUGAGAAAUGGGAGGAGAGAGAAUCUGAUCGAAGAAAGCAGAGAAGAUAUUCGUCACCUGAUGGUAGGACUCCAGAGAGGUCGUCAGGCCAGAGCUCACUUGCUCAUGAUGAGACCACUUCAAAGAAGAAGAAAGAAGAAGUGGAUCCAAUCCUUACUCGCACAGGUGGUGCAUAUAUUCCACCUGCCAAGCUCAGGAUGAUGCAAGAGCAAAUCACUGAUAAAAAUAGCUUGGCGUAUCAGAGGAUGAGUUGGGAAGCCUUAAAGAAGUCAAUCAAUGGUCUCGUCAAUAAAGUGAACGUCUCUAAUAUAGAGAACAUCAUUCAUGAGCUCCUUCAGGAAAACAUUGUUCGGGGAAGGGGGCUGCUGUCUAGAUCCAUUUUGCAAGCUCAGAGUGCCUCUCCAAUCUUUACCCAUGUUUAUGCAGCUCUUGUAGCAAUUAUCAAUUCAAAAUUUCCAAAUAUUGGUGAAUUGAUUCUCAAGAGAUUGAUACUAAAUUUUCGCAAAGGAUAUCGCAGAAAUGAUAAGCAACUCUGUCUAACAUCUUCAAAAUUUGUUGCACACUUGAUGAAUCAGAAUGUGGCUCAUGAGGUUUUAUGUUUGGAAAUGCUCACUUUACUUCUUGAAAGGCCUACUGAUGACAGUAUUGAAGUAGCAAUUGGAUUUAUUAAAGAGAGUGGGCUCAAAUUAACAGAAGUUUCCCCUAGAGGUAUUAAUGCAAUCUUUGACCGUCUUCGACACAUUCUGCAUGAAUCUAAAAUUGAUAUGCGUGUUCAGUAUAUGAUAGAAGUCAUGUUUGCCGUACGGAAGGAUGGCUUCAAGGAUCAUCCAAUCAUCCCAGAGGGAUUGGAUCUAGUGGAAGAAGAGGAUCAGUUUACUCAUAUGUUGCCAUUAGAAGAUGACUACAAUCCUGAGGAUGUUCUUAAUGUUUUCAAGAUGGAUCCGAAUUUUAUGGAAAAUGAAGAGAAAUACAAAAUGCUGAAAAAAGAAAUUCUUGAUGAAGGUGACAGUGAAUCUGAAGCAGAUCAAGAGGCUGGAAGUAGUGAGGAAGACGAAGAUGAUGAUGAUGAAGAAGAGGAAGGUGAAGAUGGUCAGAAAGUUACUGUCCAUGACAAAACAGAAAUUAACCUGGUUUCCUUCCGUCGUACAAUUUAUCUGGCUAUUCAGUCAAGCUUAGAUUUUGAAGAAUGUGCUCAUAAAUUGCUGAAGAUGGACUUUCCUGAAAGUCAGACUAAAGAACUCUGCAAUAUGAUACUAGACUGCUGUGCUCAGCAGAGGACAUAUGAGAAAUUCUUUGGAUUACUGGCGGGGCGUUUCUGCAUGUUAAAAAAAGAAUAUAUGGAAUCCUUUGAAGCUAUUUUCAAAGAACAAUAUGAUACUAUUCAUCGUUUGGAAACGAACAAGCUGAGGAAUGUUGCCAAGAUGUUUGCUCAUCUUCUGUACACCGAUUCAAUUCCCUGGAGUGUUCUUGAAUGUAUAAUACUGAGUGAAGAAACUACCACAUCCUCCAGUAGAAUUUUUGUCAAAAUAUUCUUUCAGGAACUCAGUGAAUAUAUGGGACUUCCUAAUCUAAAUGCAAGAUUAAAAGAUGAAACAUUGCAGCCUUUCUUUGAGGGAUUGUUGCCUCGGGAUAACCCAAGAAACACUCGCUUUGCCAUCAAUUUCUUCACUUCUAUUGGCCUUGGAGGACUAACGGAUGAAUUACGUGAGCAUCUUAAAAAUGCACCAAAGAUGAUAAUGACGCAGAAACAAGAUGUCGAGUCAUCAGAUUCCUCUUCAUCUUCAGACACAGACUCUUCCUCAGAUUCUGAAUCUGACAGCAGCAGUAGUAGCUCAAAGUCAUCCAGCAGCAGUGAUUCCUCAUCUAGCAGUGACAACAGCAGUGACUCAGAUGUUCCUAAAGCCAAAAGAAAGAGAAUGCAAAAGAAAAAUAGAGACUCUGAUAAAGUUUCCAGGAAAAAACAAGAAAGGAAAAGGAAAUCCCUUGAAAAGAAAAGUGGAAGAAGGCAGCAAGAAGAAAGAAGUGAUACUGAGAGCAAAUCGGAAAGAAAUCACCGAAAUGUGAGGGAAUCACACCGGAGAGAUGAUGUAUCAAAAUAUCACCACAGAGAUGAGUCCAAUGGCAGAGACACUUAUCAUAGAAAGGAUAGGAACUAUGAAAGAAGUAAGGAUCCAGAAAAUAAACACAGUAAUUCAAAACCGAAGAAUUCAGAGAAAAGAGCUUCUUUGUCUGAUGAUGAACAUUACAGACACUGGAGCAAAGAUAAUGAUCAUUGCAGUAGAAGAAGAGAGAGAUCAAAAUCCAGAGAGAGAGCCCAUAAUUAUUCAAGUCCAAGAGAGGAGGAAGAAGACCGAUACAGAAAUGGUUCAGAGAAACAUCGAGAGAAGUACAGCCAUUACUCUGACCAGUACAGAGAAUCCAGAAAGAAUGAGGACAGACGAAGAGAGAAUUCCCCACACAGACGAAAAUAAUACGUAACCAGAGUUUGAAAUAAAUGUGCAUUUCUGAGCUGUUAAAACUGUAUUUUGAAAUCUAUUCAUGAACUUUCUUUAAAAAAAAGAUUUUGUACAAAAUGAGACCUUGCAUUUGUAAAUUUUAUCAGACUUUUUCAUGUUUCCAGUACCACUUUUUUAUAACUAUUGCAUUUGAGUCUUUCUGUUAAAUUCUUCCUUUGGAAAGACAAAGCUGUUUAUUUUGUGAAUAAACCAUUAAGAUCUCAGCGAAAUGGUUUUUUUGUCACUUAGCUUCUAGUAUUUAUAACUUUAUAGUCUGAAGAAACAUUGGUUUUUAACUUUCCUUGUUAAUUGAAAGUCAGAUACUGAGACAAGAGUGAUAAAUGUAAAAAUUUCAGAUUACGUGAAUGUUAUAUGUGAAGGCUUUAUAAAAAUUUAAGAGUGCUUCGAGCAUUCUCUAGGUGUCUUUUUUUCAACUUUGCAAACAUGAAAGCAAAUUUGACCAAAAUUUUCAGGAAGUACUUCAGUUGAUUUUCUUCUUCGAGAGUUAAAAAUAGGAAAAGCAAUAUUGCUGUUCUAAAUGUCACAUUUGAAAGUAUGUCAACUUGUUCUGUUACUUUUCACAAUGUUUUUUAAUAUUGUGACAUCCUGAGCUAGUCACACUUGUGAUCUUAGGGGAAGAAUGUUGGGUGGUGGAUUUGGGGUGGUUUGGUUUUUUUUUUUUUCAACUAUGAAUUUGAUUUUAAAGUCCAUACCCUUCAGCUUUAGCCCUAUAAAGGAAGUAGGAAUGUUCAAGGAACAUCUUUCCAGUUAAUGUAUUUAUUAAAAAAUAAGAAAUUGAAAUAAGUGUUUCAAAUAUUUUUUGACAUUUGGAACUACAUGGCUUGAAGUGCCCAAGUUUACUGGAAGCAAAAGUUACCAAAAAAAUUCAGAUUCAGUUGCUGCAGCAGUUCAUAUUAUAAAUUGUUCUACCUGGAGUCAUUUGAAGCUACUGGCUUAAUGUUCGUUGUAUGAGUUAUCAAUCAAAAUCAUCUGGUUAAUACUCUAAAUCUCAUUAGUAACUAAAGAAAAUUUUGGAAGUGUUUCGGCAUUAAACAGGAAAUAGCGUGGAUAUGGUCGGUAGGAAAGGCAGAGGUGAUAGCUCUAUUAUACAGUUGUUAAUGCUGUAAGAGUACUUUUUUUUACUUUGUGAAAUGAACACAGUUGCUGGGCAUAUGAGAACUUACGUGUUUCGUGUGUGCAUCAUAUUUCAUCUUGUAUAAAGCAUAGAAAAUAUAUUUGAGCUGUUUUACAACAGCAAACAGAACAGUUCCUAAGGAAAUAGAUCAGUUUUGCCUAAAUCUUGUCACAACAUUUUUCUAAGAAAAAUGUCACACUCUUAAUUUUUUUUCUGUAUUUAACAGAGUUUAUUUCUGCAGGCUUCCAUCUAAGAAAACAUUUUCAAUCAAACAUUUGCAUGGAAAAUAAAUCCACAUUGCAGAGAAAAAAUAAGUUUUCCAUCUUGUCAUACCACACAGCUAAAACUGCAUUAGUGCCAUCAUGAGGUAUGUGUUGGUUCAACUGGUGGGGAUUUGUCCAACGCACUUCUCAUUUUCAAAAUUAUUUGUGCUCUUUGGCAGUGUGUGCUAGUUCCAGGAAAACUUAAUUUGAAAGAGUGCAUUCGAAAGAGAAUUCUGAUAAUUGUUAUGCUUCUUUGAUAGCUCUCUGCAAAGAUUAUUGAAAAUUAUUUGUACUUCAUAAUGGCUUAAUUGUACAAACUUACUUGACUUAUCUAGAGUAAUACUUCCUUUACUAUGUUAUGGGUUUAAUAGCAUACAUUUUAUUAAUCCAUAACUUUUGAGAGAUUCUCUUCAAGUUUAAAAGCUUGUUAAUUACAUCUUUAAUAAAUGGAACUACAUUAUAACAAUAAAUGUAAAAACAUAAAACAUUUAUUAAAUAAAGUAUUUGAUCUCAGACACGCUGAUCAGAAAAUGCGAGCUCAAACAUCUCAAAUUUUUUUUGUUAUUUCAUACUGGCAGAUGAAAAUAUUGUUCUCUUUGGCAAAAAAAGUGAGAGAGUGGGACUUGAUCGGGGGUCCAUGCUGCAUUUACAGUUUCUUCAUCGGUAACACUGUAUGCAUUACCAGUUUAUAGCACACUGUCACUUAGGGACUUCCUGAGCCAGAGGUGCUAGGAGCAUCUCUGCAUAAGGCCUUGUCCAUUAAGUGCUCUAAUUCUUUAACUCAUUGGGGUGGAUUCUGCAGCAUCCUGUUCCAAGAAUUCCAAUGUUUUACUGUGCUAUAUGUGUAAAAGCAUG